UACAUUAUAGAUGAAGUUCUCGCAUCCUAUCUUUUAAGUUUUGCACUUAAAUUGCAAUUUCAUAUAUUUUCUAUAAUUAUUAAAUUGUUUCCAAAAAAAAAAUUAAAUUUAUUACAAACAAAAAUGAUUUCUUUUUUAAAGUGGUCAAAAAAUUAUUUUCAACUAAUUAAUCCACAUUAUUUAACUAAGUCACCUACAUUUUCUACAAAUGUGGAGAAAAAUAAUUAUAUUGUUUGGUUAGAUAUGGAAAUGAGUGGGCUCGAUAUAAAUACAUCUCAAAUUUUAGAAAUAGCUUGUGUAAUUACUGAUAAAAAUUUAAAAACUAUAAGCAAAGAUUUAAAUAUUAUCAUACAUCAAUCAGAUGAAAUAUUAAACAAUAUGGAUGAUUGGUGUUUAGCAACUCAUCAAAAAACAGGAUUAAUUUAUGAAUCACGUUUAAGUAAAAUUACUAUACAGGAUGCUGAGCAAAUUCUACUAAAAUAUUUAAAAACAUAUGUAAAAGAAAGAACAUGUCCAUUAGCAGGAAGUUCAGUCUAUGUAGAUCGUAUGUUUCUACAUAAAUAUAUGCCAUUGGUUAAUAAUUAUUUACAUUAUAGAAUUAUUGAUACUUCUACUAUUAAAGAAUUAAUUAAGAGGUGGAAUAUAAAUAUAACUAUUUUAAAAAAAGAUCAUAAUCAUAGAGCAUUAUCUGAUAUAAAAGAAAGUAUAAAGGAAUUACAAUAUUAUAAAAAUAAUAUAUUUAAUUCUUAUAUAUUACAAGAUAAUAUGAAAUUAUAAAUAUAAUUUUAUAAAAACAAUAAUUUCAUAUCAAGAUAAUAAAUAAUAUUUGUUAAUUAUUAUAUUUAAUAUUUAAAAUAAUUUUUUUUAUAAAAUCUUUUUACUUAAAUUGAAAUAUAUACAAAUUUUAGAAUUAAUAUAUAUAUAUAUAUAUAUAUAUAUAUAUAUAUAUAUAAAAUGAAUAUUAAAAAACAUAAAAUAAGGAAAAAAAAAUUUUUUUUAAAUUAAACUUGUUCAGUUUAAAGAUUAAAAAAGCAGUUAAAAAAGUUGUAGUUAAAAAAAUUAAUUUAUUAGAACCAAUUUAUAUUUACUUUUAUAAAAAAAUAUUUUUUUUAUAUAUAUUUUCUAAUUGAAUUAUUUAGCUUAAUCAAAAUGAAAUAAUAUUAUGAAUAUAUAUCUAUAUAUAUAAAAUUAAUUUAAAUAUUUAUUAUUUAAGAAAUUAAUUAGAAAUUAAUUAGAAUUAAUAAGAAAAUUAAUAAGAAAUUAAAAUUAUAAAAUAUUUAGACAGAAAUUAAAUUUUAAUAUAAACAUAAGCAUAGUCUACAAAAUUCUAAAAAAUAAAAUAUCAAAACACUUACAAAUAAAAUUUAAAUCUUAAUAAAAUUUCAUAUUCAAUAAAAUUUAAAUUAAAGUGCUAAAAAUAUUGUAUUAUUUGUACUAUUGUAAUAUUGUAUUAUUGUACAAACAUUUUUAUUAAUUGUAAUAAUUAUUUUUAAAUAAAAAAAAAUUUGAAGUAAAAAAUUUAA